AUGAAGCUCCUCGGCUAUGCCGGGAGUGCGGCAGAUCCUUUAAAACGUGGAGUCGAAGGCUGCAUGCCUGGGACCUCUGGGGCUGAGAUGCCAAGAGGCUACAACUCGAAGAAGGAUGCCGAGGAGGUGUCGCUGCUGUGUGCACUUGUCAGCCAAUGGCGCGAGCCGACAACCUUCAAAGUGCUGCCACGUCUGGUGAUCCCAGAUUUCACGAACCGGGCUCAAACCGGCCUUGGUGUCGAGCUGCUACACUACGUGGCAACAUCCAUAAGGCAGAGAGGGUUCCAAAAGAGAUCCGGUCGUCAGGGCCAUGACAUUCCCGUGCUGGUGCGGGAGCCGGCUGGGUCCGACUCCAAGGCAGAAGCCCUUCGAGUUUGGCGGGCACGCGUUGCAGACGAGGAGGGGUUUCCUCCUGUUCGAGUACGAGAUGACGAGGAGAUGUUCACAUCAUUGGGCAAUGGCCAUUUUUUCCAGGCACUCAAUCUUUUCCAGACGGAGUGGAAAGCCAUCAAUGACGACGUGCACUACUCCGUCGGGUCUGACAGCUUGCUGGAGGAGGCUCUCAAAGAAGGCGUUGCGAGUGUCAUCCUCCGGCACUCUACUCCUCGCCCCGUCCGAGCGAAGAUUGCAGAGCUGCUCAAUGCCAAGCGCGAGUUCCAAUGGACGCUGAACGAAGAUGGUACGGUGGAUACUGGGAGUUCACUGGAGAACACGGACUAUUGCUCCCAGUUCGAGUGGUUGAGCAAGGGAAUGGAUGCGGAGCAGGUCAAUUGCCUGGUCAGGACCCACCUUGGAAUCAAGGACACGGUCAGGCGUGCUUCGUGCCAACUUUUAAACCCACUGGCACCAUUUUUGGCGCCCUGCUUUCUAGCAGCAUGUCUCUGUGCAGAGGGACAGCGAGGCUUGGAAGCCCUGCGAGAGCGGACUGGAGCCCUUGAGGCUCUCAGCUCGAACGAGGAUCAGCGCUUAGAGUCAGCGCUGCGUGCCACAGACGAUCGUUUGUCGUCUGUGGAAGAGGGCCUGCGGUUGGCCAACGUCCAGCAGAUGCAAGAGUACCUAGCGCAGCUUGCGGCCGACAUCGCCGCGCUGGCGCAGACGACGUGUCAGAAAGCCGAAGGCUCCGAGGUCGCGCGGGCCGCCGCGCAGCUGGAGGAGACGAGCGCCAAAGUCGCAGAGAUGGGCCUGCGGCUCUCGUCUGCGCUCCAGCGCGUCUGGCCGCAUCUCGAAAGACUGGAUGACAGGGCUCUCAAGCUGGAGGGCUGGAGUCGAGAGGCCGUGAAGGAGCUCAAGGCCCUGCGGAGCGUGGACUCGGAGCUUGCGCUUCGGCUGGACAGGCUGGCCGACGAGGUCCAGGAAGUCGUCGGUUCCAGUGAGGAGAAGUGUCAGGCCCUGGAGCGAUGCUUGCAGGCACAAGCCACUUCGGCAGAGCAGAAGGAUGUUGCGACGACAGAGCUCAUCACGACAUUGGAGGAGCGACUGGAAACUCUUGAGAUGGAUUUGGAGACGGAGACCCGGCGAGCUAAGGAGAAGGUAGAGGAGUCCAUCCACGAUUUCAGUGACAAGAUCUGCGCCUUCGAGGAGGCGAUCAAAGACAAAGAGCAAGCAGUGCAUUUUGGCGCACGGUGCUUAUCUUGUAAUCGCACCUUCGACGACGUGGUCAAAACACCAGGAAGUGUGAAUCUUCCUGCAGAGAAGCGUCGGGCACAGGUUUUCGCGGAGAUUCAGAGGGCUCUGCACACUCCCAGGACUGACCCGGAGACCAUCAAACUGUUGGCUGUCAAGGUGAGAAGACCGACUGCGGUUACUGCGAAGCAAGGUUCUUACGCCAGCCGCAAUGGAGACUGUUUAGCCAACGGCCUUGAGGAUGUGCAGCUCCUCCCUGUCCGUACCACCUCCUUGAGCCGAUCGGUGCCGCCGAGCCGGUCGCAGUGCUCUCCGAGACCGCCCUCCAAAACUUCCACGUCGAAUGUUCGUCCACAGA